AUGUCGCCCUUUUACCGCUGUCAGCCUGUGCCAAGAAAAAACCAAGUGUGGCAGAGAAUACAAAAAGCGUGCGGACACUCAUCGGUGAAGAAGAAGGUCAGCAAUCAGGUUCGAAUCAAUCAGCUACAGCAAGGAAACAAUGAAGAAUUUCAGAGUCAAAUCAGUUCGUAA